CAGAUGGCUUCCUUGGCGAGUAAAGAUUCUUAUUUCCAGAGUCUGGGCAGGAAGGUGUGCGCGCAGCAGAAUACAGAGCUCCGCAAGCGAAAACCAGCUUUUUCUGACAGAGAUGGUGCAUCUGAUUCCACUCAGCCAAGGAAGAAGAAAAAGAAAAAGUCCAGAAAAUCUUUUGAGAAGACAAAUCAGCAGAAAGUGGCACCAUUUGUUCCCCCAAAGCUAGUUGGCAGCUUGUCGCAGGGUGCAGGGCAGAGCUCUUUCUCCACUGUGGACAUUUUGCGGAAAAGGCUACAUGAGAAGCUGCAAGAAUCUCGUGGGCAGACUACAAAUAAAAACCUUUCCCCUGAGGAAGUUGAAAAGAUACGGCAGCGGAGAAAACAGGAGAGAGAACGAAAGAAGAAGAAAAAAAAAGAGAUGCGAAUGAAGGCUGCACAGCCACCAGAUGAGAGCGCAGCACUUCCUGUGGUAAAAUCUACAAAUGCCAGUGAUGGGAAGAAAGUAACUGAUCAGGCACCACUGAUCUUCAACAAGGUGGAAAUCCAUGAAGGGCCUCUCAACAAAGUGAUGCAUAAAAAGGAGAAGAAAGAAAGAGUAAAAGGGAACAUAACGCCUCUGACAGGUAAGAACUAUAAGCAGCUGCUGAGCCGUCUGGAAGCCAGAAAGAACAAACUGGAGGAUCUGAAGGCCAAAGACGAGAAGAAAGCCAAAAAUCUGGAAGUCAAGAUGAAGUGGACCAAUGUCCUGUACAAGGCGGAAGGAGUGAAAAUCAAAGACGAUGAGGAAAUGCUGAAAACUGCCCUAAAGCGUAAGGAGAAGAAUCGUGAGCAAAGGAAGAAGCAUUGGGACAAGCGUACAGAAAACACAGCUGAGCGGAUGCAGCAGAGGCAGGAUAAGCGGCAGCGAAAUAUCCAGAAGAAGAAGAAUGCCAAGCUGGAGAACAAGAAGUCAAGAGCUCGGAAGAAAGGGCGCAUUCUCCCUGAGGACUUGGCCAAAGCUAAUCUCAAAUGAACAACAGAGCCAGUUAUGUGACGGUGCUCAGCUCUGUAUGGUUUAUGACCAGCAAAUGUGGUGUGUGUGUGGAUCUGUACUCUCAUAACCCCAGCUUACCAGAGUUCCUAAAGAUCCAUCGUGCUCUGGUUUACCUGUGAACUGUUAAUGUGUAAGGUUGAUACAUUGUUACAUGUAUGUACAGAGUACAAAAAACUGGCGUGUAACAUGCUCUCUGUUCCUGUAUUAAACUAUCAUUUUCUACAUUUAA